AUGGUCACCAGGCACAAACAUUGUGUGUAUGCAGUGCAACGUAAUUAUGAGAAAAACACAAAGGAACAGUCGCCAAGUGCUCAGUCUCGGCUAGGUAGUGAGGAAAGGCACUCUAGGGGACUGUACAGAGAGGAAGGAGCAGGGCCUGCUGCUGGGGACAGGCCUACACUCGGGCAGAGGCAUCUCCUAGGGAGCCUUCUCCACAAGCGGGAGGAAGAAGGAGACACAGAUGAUCCCAAAUGCCCGUAUUCUUCCCAGCAACAGCCAAUAGGCAGCAAGGGGCCGCGGCCUCGGCAGGGGCUCCCGGUCUUCUCGGCGGCAGGCGCAGCGUCCGCGGCGACGUCACGGUCCUCGCGGCCUCGCACACAGCGCUCGGGCCCGCCGCCGAAUGCCCGUGGACGCGCAUCUCCUCCCCGAGUUCCUGCUUCCCGGGCCAGCCAAAGCCGCAGGAAGCAGCCCCGGGCCUGUCCUGCUGUGAGUGCCUCAAAGAGCGAGCAGGGUGCACUGCUGAAGAGGCAACUGUCUCAAGGACUGAUGAAGAGUAUGGCUGUUGCCCCUACAUCUCACAAGCAUGUCAAGAAGUCUGCUGUUGCAGCAGAAGACCUCAAUGAGAAGGAGAGCACUGUGUAUCAGCAUGAAGCCAGGUCCCACAAUGCCCCACAGGAGGAAAAUUGUCAAGCACUUCUGUUGCUUAACCAGCCCCGAGAGCCCUCAAUUCUGCCCUAUACUCCAGUGACCUUGGAGCAACAACCCAUGGUUUCUUUUUCCCUGGAACCUCCUGGCCCCUCUGCCAGGCCCAAGAGAUUCUCAAGUGUGAUCCUGCAACCCUGUGCCACCUCUGGUCCUCUUCUACUGCAGCCACAGGUCCCUAAUGCCUCCAACCAGGAUUCUGUUUCUGCUGCCUUAGAGUGGCAGAGGAAGCUGGAGGCUGCUGAGGCUCUGUUGGCGCUGAAAAACUCUUUUCAGGCUCCUCCUGAUUCCAUCUCUCUGCAGCAGCCUGGCAGCCUACCAGUAGGUCCUGCUGGAGAAAGAGGGCUGCAGCCUCCUGGUCCCUACUUGCCACCUAGGCCUACCAGCUCUGUCUCACUGCCUACUGGACAUCUGGAGUGCAUCUCUUUCUUGACCUAAGAGCCCAGAGUGGGAGGCCUGGCUAGAAUACUGCCUGUUUGGUAUCCUAUUUCUGAGUCUGCAAAAUGAUUCAUGUCUAAAAAAUGACUAAUAUGUUCUUUUGGGGGGUAUUUUUUUGAGGUAAGUUCUCAUGUAGCCCAACCUGGCCUAGAACAUAGUAUAUAGUUGAGAAUGACAUUGGACUUUGGAUAUUUCUGUCUUUACCUCCUAAGUGCUGGGAUUAUAGGCUUGUAUCACCAGGCUUGGCUGCUUUUUUAUUAUUAUUUUAAGUUUCCAGGUGUUUUAUAAG